AAGGCACAUCCAUUUCAUUGUCUCACCAAAUGGACAAUAAGCAAUCCUUCAACGGUUACGGCAAGGUCAAUCAUGGUGAAGAACAAGCUUUCCAUCGCAAGAGUCGUAAGCGCAUCGUCAUCAUUAUCAUCUCCACCGUCAUCCUCGUUGCAGUUAUCAUCGGAGCCGUUGCCGGAACUGUCAUCCACAAACGUAACAAUAAAGACUCCGAUGAGCAAGAACAACUUUCCUCCGCCCAAUCCAUCAAGGCUGUUUGUACUCAAACUCAGUAUCCAGAAUCUUGUUACUCCAGCCUUUCCGCCAUGGAUGAAUCCAACACCACUGAUCCAGAAGAGUUGUUUAAGCUUUCCUUACAGGUCGCUUUGUCUUCUCUCUCAGACUUAUCUUCCUUGCCGGAGACUUUGAUGAAGACAACAGACAAUCCGAAUGACAAGGAAGCGUUGAAAUUAUGUGGAACAGUAUUGAACGACGCCAUUGAUAAUCUCCAUGAUUCCAUUUCUUCCAUGGACGUGAAAUCCGGUGAGAAGGUGUUAUCAUUGAAGAAAAUCGACGACCUGAGAACAUGGCUGAGCGCCUCCUUGACUAACCAACAAACUUGUUUGGAUUCCCUCGAAGAAAUGGAUUCAACAUUUCUCGUACAAGUGAAAUCUCAAAUGCAGAAUUCAACGGAAUACACAAGCAACAGUUUGGCAAUUGUUACUAAAAUUAUAAGGAUUCUGGCGAAUCUAGAUAUCCCAAUUCAUAGAAAGUUGUUAGGGGAAAUGAAAUCUGGGUUUCCGAGAUGGGUCGUAGCCGGUGACCGGAGGUUGCUUCAGGAGGGAAGGCCGACACCCGAUGUGACGGUGGCGAAAGACGGAAGUGGCGACGUAACCACCAUUAACGAUGCAAUGGCAAAGGUACCCAUGAAGAACAAGAAUCGGUUUGUAAUUUACAUCAAGGAAGGAGAGUAUUUAGAAAAUGUUGUUUUGAACAAGUCUUUCUGGAACGUCAUGAUUUACGGCGACGGCAUGGAUAAAUCCAUAGUUUCCGGCAGCUUAAACAAAGUCGACGGCGUCGGAACUUUCAACACUGCCACCUUAGGUGUAUCUGGAAAAGGAUUCAUAGCAAUGGACAUGGGAUUCAAGAACACCGCCGGUGGAAUCAAAGAACAGGCAGUAGCGAUGAGGUCGAGUUCAGAUUUGUCAGUUUUUUACCGAUGUUCAUUUGACGCUUUCCAAGACACUCUUUACCCUCAUAGCAACCGUCAGUUUUACCGGGAAUGUAACGUCACCGGCACAGUUGACUUCAUCUUUGGCAACUCCGCCGUGGUUUUACAGAACUGCAGGAUUAUGCCACGGCAACCAUUGCCCAAUCAAUUCGUAACCAUCACCGCUCAAGGAAAAACAGACCCAAAUCAAAACUCCGGUAUCUCGAUCCAGAAAUGCGAGAUAACCCCUCUGAAUAAUCUCACAGCUCCGACUUACCUAGGCCGGCCAUGGAAGGAUUACUCGACCACCGUGAUCAUGCAGUCGAGUAUCGGAGGGUUUUUGAAUCCGCUGGGGUGGGCAGAGUGGGAUCGGGGUGUGGAACCACCGUCGUCUAUAUUCUACGCCGAGUACCAGAACUCCGGCGAAGGAUCGGCGGUUGAUAAACGGGUGAGUUGGUCUGGAUAUAAACCGAGUUUAACGAGUUCCGAAGCGGCUAAAUUUAACGUCAGGUCUUUCAUUGACGGAGCUAUGUGGUUACCUCAAACAAAUGUUGACUUUGACUCCACUUAAUUCAUGCUCAUUUAAACGAUGUUAAUUAAUUGUGUAUGUGAUAAUCCCUCUGAAU